AAACCUCCUUGUUACGCUGUAGCAAUGGCUCCCAUCACCAGCUGAUUUGAGAUGUAUUUUUCCGAAUCACCAGCGUGCUGUUACGAAUACUGUGCGUUGUUUUAUGAUAUCGUGUAGUUUAUCAAUAGCAGGAUAAUAUAAAUGUUGUGUAUGAAAAAAAUGGAAUAAUGACAUCAAAAUCAGAGAUAAAUCUUCAAAACUUUUAUGUUUACAACUCGGCGUUCGGUCAGAGUGAUGGAGAGGAGGAUAAAAAGAUUUUAUUCUAUUACCCACCAAAGACUGAUUUUGAUACGCAGAUGAAAAAUGUUGGACUCAGUGAAGCAAUUGUCAAAUUCACAGAUACCUUCAGCUCGGACCAGUUAUGCGAGGCGCUGCAUACGCAGAAGUCGAGGCAACUUUAUUAUCAAGCGGAGGGAGGCUUCUGGAUGGUAAUGACAGUAGGUAUUCCAUUUGUGACUAAAGUUAAGGAUGGAACAGAAUAUUUUGAGUAUCAAAGUGAUGAUGUUCAAGAUAACGUUUACCUAGCUGUCUUGCGACAGUCAUACCAGAUGUUCCGCCUUUUUAAAGGAUCAUUCACUUCUAUUCUUAGUAACAGCAGAGGUGAUGUGAUACAUCUUAAACAUAAGCUGGACCAUUUCUUCUCCAGGUACUUGCUUACGCUGAAACUGAACCAUUCAGAUAUCCUAGACAUAUUUCAGGGAAUCCAGUUCCUUCCUCUUGAUAAGCAGACUUUUCUUCAUGUCCAGUGCUUUGUUAACCUAAUAGAAGCAACGUUUGCUCAAGUGAAAUACACGGCAUUUCUAUACAACGAUCAGUUAGUUUGGAGUGGUCUAGAACCUGAAGACAUGCAGGUCGUAUAUAGGUACUUGGUUACGAGUCUGUUACCCGCACAUCUCGAGACAGAACUGCAAGGUGGCUCUAUGCCGAGACACCCCUCUUCGCCGUUUUUAAGCUCUCAUUAUGGCAGAUUUGUUACAGGUCCUGCAAACCUCCAAGAUGCGUCUGGGGGCACCGGGAAAGUUCCGAAGGUUUACGUCAAUAACGAUGCGACACCAGAAAUAUAUCACUUAGUUGUAUAUAGAGCCCUUAGUGCAACGGUGUGUUUGUUUAUUGAGGGCUCUCUACACUUGAAUCUUGACCUCUUCAAACGACUGGAUAUUUUCCUGGGGCCACAACUAACAACAUUAGUCUCGGAGGUUGCAGAACAGUGCGGUCGACAGGCGGCCGGUAUUAACGCAAAUUCUCUCGAUCCCAGUCCAAAGUUUGUUUAUUUCAAUAAGCUUAAUCUGGCUCAGAAAAGUACUGUGCAUCUCGACAGCAGAAGAACUGGCAAUGUGGCGGUAACUCCAGAAGUCCUGCGAUUACUCGCAGACAUCAAUGCUGAUAAAGCAAGAAUGUCCACAACAGGAGAAACAAUACUGAAGACAAUGACCGAUUACUGGGUCGUGGGCAAAGUGUCAAAUCUUCGAGAAUUCUACGUUGUCAUCCAUCAAAAAAAUGCCAACCUCAUAGAAAUAAAUGAUGAAGUGAAGAGGCUAAGUGACAGUCAACUUAAGAGCAUAUUUUUCCAUGAUUGAAGUGGAGUGAAGUUAGUGGAAUAUGAAUUUGAAAUUUGUUAUAAGGAGGCACUUUUAAAUUGUGUCAGUUCCCAUGUACUAUCAGUGAAAUCAUCCAUUCCAAUUGAUCUAUCACAGUUCUGUAAUUAUCGUGCAUACAUCCAUUUUAAUAUGUAAAUAUGUUGUGUUAUUUAAAAAUAAAUAUUUUACAGACUGCAUCAA